AUGCCCCUCAAGUUUUCCUCGCCGCUUGCAGAGCUCAAUCUCAUUGCGAUCCUAUCGCUUCUGAACUUUGCGUCUGGUUACCGCGUCCCGCUCCACGCUGCCACAGGCCGAGGUGCUUUUGACAACAUCCGGGCUCUGGUCUUUGGCCUGCACAUAUCGUCCGUGGCGGGUACUGGCGAAGGCGAUUAUCUCUCCGCCAAGGGUAUGCACAGUAUCAGAGCACAAACCGUAGCUGACUUGAUGAACGUCUCUGGGGCCGUGCACCUCGAGCGGCCACACGAGACCAUUCCUGGCGUCACCGUUGGUGAACUCGGCGGACCGAUUUGGGAGGUGGUGCAGCUUAUUACGACGACCCUCAACGAGACAGGGAACGUCCUUGUGGAUGCGGGGUACCCUGAUCUCGGUACAUUUGUUCUUGAAACGCUAAAGGAAGGAGAGCGGGCGAGGAGUACGGCCGGCGGCGAUACUGACAUCGAGUGUGAUAUUUUCGUAGAACGCGUGAGUUGUAUCCCAUUGGAGCCUCUGUUAUCCGUUUUUCUGUAUAUUCAAGCGGAUCGCAGCUCGCCCGUCUCAUUCCCGCCUUCCGAGACAUGGCAUACAUCCGAAAUCAGCGUAAGUGGACUGCGCCCAUCUCAGUCUUCUUACCAGUUGAAUCGUAACAAUUGCGAUCGCCGGGCUGUCCGUUUUCUAGCCGUUUAUUGCUUCAAAAAGGCACUACUCACGCUUCAUGCCAUCGCCCUCCGCUUUGGCUCCUUGGAGCCAGCGCCUUUCCCCAUACCCCGCACUCGAAACCUGCCCAUCUUCGUCGACAACGUCAUACCAUCGCUCCUCGUCCAUCUCGGCGUGAUUGAUCUUACCUCCUCGUCGCCGUCGUUAGGCCUCAGCGAUAUCUUUCCAGGAGCCAGACAUCCGGCCUUGCUGGAAACGUUGUUGGGCAACGCAUCCAAGUCUGCCGCCACCGACUCCCCAGCUGCGAAAGCCAGACAAGUCCCCAAAGAAGGGCCGAUUCUCAGUGCUGAACAGGCGUAUGCUCUCCGCGCGGCUGCCAUCGAUGCAUGCGAGCUCAUCGUUCAGGCCGCCCAUCACCUGGGUGCGGCCGGCAGCGAGCUGGCGUGGAUGUCGGAUAUGACUGCCCCAGAAUUGGAUGCAUGGCUCUGGGCGGUGGCCAAGGACCGUGAGGAUUACAGACAGCUGGAGAGAUUUGUUCUGCGAAAUACAACAUUCUUCUGA